AUGCUUCCGCGUCAAAAGGCCAUCUACGAAAACUUUCGCGUCCUCGAUUCCUCCGGCAGGCUGCUGUUCCGUGCCGGCCAGAAGCGCCUGGACUGGUAUCUCAGCCGCGGGCUGGCCAAGCGCAUCGACCCGGAAACCAUCCAGCUGACAUUCGCCAACAAAGGCGACGGGCGGCGCAACGAGCCGUUCUACUUGCAGGACAUGCAGAACAAGUGCGUGGUGUGCGGAUCCUCGCAGGCGCUGACGCAGCACCACAUCGUGCCAUACCAGUACCGGCAAUAUAUGCCCGAGGCAAUCAAGUCGCGGUCGUCGUAUGACCUGCUGCCGCUAUGCAUGAAGUGCCACGACACGUACGAGCGCAGUGCGAUCAAGUUCAAGCAGCACAUUGCAGCCUGCUUUGGCGCCCCAUUGGAUGGGGUUGGGUGGGAGGAGCGCCCCGAGAUCGGGCGGGCCGGGAAGGCGGCAGCGGCGCUUUUGAGCCGCAACGACAGGAUCCCGAACGCCCGCCUCGACCAGCUCAAGGACAUUGUGCGUGAUGUAGCCGCAUCCCACUGCUCGCUGCUGUCUGCCGACUCCCAGGCGCAGCUGCCGGACGCCGAUGCCGCCGAUCUACCAGACGUUCUCCGGGAGCUAUGCGAGCUCAAGGCGCGCGUGCGUGGGCCGGAAUUCCAGGACCACGGCGAGAUAGUCGUCGGCAUGCUGGCAGACAGUCAGCGAUGUGUCAGGCAUGUGUCAGGACUGCAGGCAGAUGUGUGCCGCGGGAGUUGGCGGCAUGAUUCGGGCGUGGCGGAAGCACUUUGUCGACUGCGCAUCGCCCCCGUCAUUUGCCCGACCACUGGGUAG